ACGUGGCACAAAACCAAUCCGGGUGCGCAUUUCGCACCAUGCGCACUCACUCCCAAACCCUUCCUACCAUUUAUGACUCUCUCUCCAAAUUCUCGCUCUCACUUCUUCUUCACCUUCCUCAUCUUCUUCCCCUCGCAGUAGCAGAAGCAACAUCAUCUGUAACCACUUCCAAAACCCUAGAUUUCACUCCAAAAACCAGUGAUUAAACCUUCGAUUUGUUCAGUUUUGAAUCCAGUUUGCAUCUAAUUCAAACAAAAUCAAUCAUCAAUUGGGUCUCAAAAUCGUCCUUGAAGAAGACGAUGUCCGUGGAAAGGUCGUUUGAGGCGUGGGAAGAAGUGCAGCGUCACGGUCAGGACCUGGCUGACCGGCUUGCCCAGGGGUUCACCGACUUGAUCCAGACCCGGAUGAACCCGCCGCAAUUCGCGUGGCCAAACCCUACAAAAUCGAAUCUGGAGUUCCCUUCGUACCACAGUUUUGGGAAGAGGGAUUUCGCGUUGCCACCCGUCGAUGACUACGGCGUUUCAGCGAUUUUCGAUAUCGGAAGCCGGAUCGGCCAGGCCGGGGUGGAUUUCGGUGCCAGCUUGAACGGGAUGGUUCAGCAGUUUUUCCGGUCGUUGCCGGUGCCGGUGCCGUUCAAGCACGAAGAGGAUUCGGUUCGGAUGGUAGGUGGUGGUGGGGAUAAUUUGAAGAGUAGGAUGAGAAGUGGCGUUGUUGUGCACGAGGAUUUGGGUUUGGGGUCAUUAAGUGAGAAGUUGAGGAGUCAUGGGUUUUCUGAAACUGUCACUGUUAGUGGUGGUGGAACUGUGGAUGCAGAGCUUGGUGGGUUUAACCUUGGUUCUGCUGGUCAUCUUGGUAGGCGACAGGGAAUCAUAAAUUUUACCUCAACUUAUGAUAGUAGAACUCAGGAAGUGGAAGGUUCUGUAGCUGCUAGGGGAGAUUUGUGGAGAGUAGAGGCAUCACAUGGUGGUUCUGCUUCUACAUCAGGAAAUGAAAAUUCAUCUCUUUUCCUGGUCCAGCUUGGACCUCUCCUCUUUAUCCGUGAUUCAACUCUGCUUUUGCCUGUUCAUUUAUCAAAGCAACACUUGUUAUGGUACGGCUAUGACCGCAAGAAUGGAAUGCAUUCUCUUUGUCCAGCAGUGUGGUCGAAACACAGAAGGUGGCUGUUGAUGUCCAUGCUUUGCUUGAAUCCCUUGGCUUGUUCAUUUGUGGAUCUUCAAUUUCCUAAUGGGCAACUAACCUACGUAUCUGGUGAGGGUCUAACUACCAGCGCUUUUCUUCCUGUUUGUGGUGGGCUUCUUCAAGCUCAAGGUCAAUAUCCAGGGGAAAUGAAAUUCAGCUUUUCAUGCAAGAAUAAGUGGGGAACAAGAAUCACACCAAUGGUACAAUGGCCUGACAAAUCAUUUUCUCUGGGUCUUGCUCAAGCCUUGGCCUGGAAGAGAUCUGGUCUCAUUGUGAGGCCAACCAUUCAAUUCAGUGUGUGUCCUACACUUGGUGGAAGCAAUCCAGGGUUGCGGGCUGAACUUAUACAUUCUGUUAAAGAGAAACUUAGUUUGAUUUGUGGAUGUGCUUUCAUGACAUAUCCUUCUGCAUUUGCUUCAGUAUCUAUUGGCAAAUCAAAAUGGAAUGGAAAUGUGGGGAACUAUGGUCUUGUUCUGAGAGUUGACGCACCCCUUUGUACUGUUGGGCGCCCUUCCUUCUCCAUUCAGAUAAAUAGUGGCAUUGAGUUUUGAUAGCCUUCAAGUGAUUGGCACCAUCUGCUCUUAGUGCUCUAUAUUUUGCAUUACAAAAGUGUACAUAGGUUUGGUUUUAAGUGGACACAAAAAAAGUACUCCUAACAGCAAAGCGUACAAUCUUUAUGUGCAUAAAAUUCUAGUCCGAGGGUAUAUAUGUUUGUCAUAUUCUA